UCUUGAUUGAUCCUCUCAAGUUGUCAAAACAAGAGAAAUCCACUUAUAUCGCCCUGCCCUUUCACCCUUCACACAAUGGACAACAGGAGGUGCAAAUGCCAGUGGUGCGGCAUGAAAAUGUCAGUUCCCAUUGGCGCGCAAACAGUUAGCUGUCCAAGGUGCCAAUCUGUUAUACAACUCCAAUCUGCAAGAAACUAUGGCUUUGCUAAUUCCCCCCCUGCCAAUAACAAUAUGAGCCAAGGAUUUCCAGCUUAUCCUGCGAGGCCAGGACGGAUGAGUCCACAUGCUAGUAAUUUUCAGCCUCAACAAUUCAACAUGUCACCACAGAUGAAUAACAUGCUACCUCCUGCAGUACAUGGACAAAAACGAGCAGUUCUGUGUGGAAUUACUUACCGUGGCCAUCCAAAGAGUCUUGAGGGAAGCAUUAAUGAUGUUUUAUCCAUGAGAUAUUUUCUGGUCGAAAAGCUGGGGUUCCCAAAUGCAUCAGUACUUGUACUUACAGAGGAUGAGAGAGAUCCAUACAAAUACCCAACCAAGACCAAUAUAAGAUCAGCCUUACGUUGGCUUGUUCAUGGUUGUCAGCCAGGAGAUUCACUAGUGUUCCACUACUCUGGCCAUGGCACACGAGUACGAGACCAUGACGGUGAUGAGAUUGAUGGGCACGACGAAUCACUAUGCCCUGUUGAUUAUGAGACAGAAGGGAGAAUACUAGAUGAUGAGAUCAAUGAUACCAUUGUAAGGCCCUUACCACGCGGAGCCACACUUCAUGGAAUAAUUGAUACAUGCUUCAGUGGAACUUUCCUAGAUUUGCCCUUUUUGUGCAGAAUAAACAGGGCUGGAUACUUUAUGUGGGAAGACCAUCGAAUCAGCACAUACAAAGGCACCAGAGGGGGAAUAGCUAUCUCUAUCAGUGCCUGUGACGACCAUCAAAAUUCUGGAGAUACAACAGCUUUCACAGGCGUUCCAACGGGUGCCCUGACUUAUAGUUUCAUCCAAACAUUGGAGCAAGAGACUAAAUUGACAUAUGGACGCUUACUCAUGAGUAUGCAGAAUAAGAUUCAUGAAGCACAGAUGGGAAUGGGCCUUAAUGGUGCAAAUGAAACUCAGGAGCCUCAACUAUCCUCGUCUGUGCAGUUUGAUAUCCACUCGAAGAUGGUGGCUUUAUAGGAAAUUAAAGCAUUUUCCUUCUAACAGCAAUUUCAGCAUCCCAGAAACUGAUGGACCGAAUAGAGAAAUAAGUUUUCGCCAGAAAGAUGGGACUUUCAAGUUUUUAGAAUCAAUCCAACCGAAGACUUUCCGUAAAAGAUUCAGUGAAGCAAGAGCUAAAGAGAAGAUAUGCACCAGCAGGUGUAGCAAUCGAGGAGGUUGGGCCAUGGUGGAGUCAAAGGGACAGCACCUUUUACAUUUGAAAUGGCAACUGAACUUUGAUUGCCAACUCAAAAACAGUGGGCAGAAUUUUCAAUAAGGAUUUCAAAAUACGAAAAGUAAAUACAUGAAAAAGUCAAAAGGGUUCAACAUUCAGUACAUAUAUAAUCAUAUAUAUAUAUAUAUAUAUAUAUAUAAACAUAUAAUUUUCCGACCCA